CCCCACCGGGAAGCGUAACCACUCCUACCAACGUACAAGCACCUGCGCAACCAAUGCAGAUGAUGACGCCAAGCGUGAACUCCUUCCCGGGACCAGGACAACAGGCCUGGUUCACGAAGGAGCAUCUUGAGCUGAUCGAGAAAUGGAAGUCGAGAGAUCUGGUGGAGGAAUCGCAGAAAUCUUCAUAUGGAGAAUCGAGUGGCGUGGGAUCUGCGAAAGGAGGAGGGAAGAAAGGGAGAGCAAAGGAUAGCAGUGGCGAGAUGGCUCUGGACGUGAAAGGAAAGAAGAAGAUCAAAGAGGAGCAGCGUGAUGAUGAAGGAAGUAGCGAGAAGCGAAAGCGAGAGUUCGACUCCCCUUUGAUUGCAAAAUCAAGGUCGAAGUUGAGAUCGAAAAGUGCGGGCGGAGAAGUGAAGAUCCGCCCUGUGCGAAUCAAUAUCUCCGAUGAUGAAGAUACUUGGGGGAACAUGGAGGUGCAACACGAAGCGGUUGGGAACGCAGCAGAGGAAGCCAAGAUGGACGAGAUUAAGGAUAUGCUACAAGCCUUGAUGAAGAGAAUCGACGCUAAUUCUGUCGUGAAGAAGAGCGACACGAUCGAAGCAGCAACGGUGGUCCAGAACGCUGACAACGUGUCGAUCGAUGAAGAGGAUCGGAGAGAGAAAGGCAAGGGAAUGGACUCGCAGAACGAAGUGGUGGAGUACAUGAGGUGUAGACUGAACUUCUACAUGACCAAGAAUUACAAGGAGAUUAAGACGCUGUGCAAGAGUCGGGACGUGAGAUGUGACCGGAAAGAUAGAGGAGCCUGGGAACUAGCCAAGCAAGACACGGACCAGUUUACAAAGCUGGUUAACAACAUUGAGGAUGAAGCUGAAGUUGAAGAGGCGUCGGACGAUGAUGAAGAAAACACGGCCGAAGGAGACGACUCUGAAGAUGACGAGGAAGGCAAUGUCUAGGGGAACUAGGCAUAUCUAAGCGUAGUUUGACACGCC